CUGGCCGGCCCAGGCAGGCGCCUCAGGCCCCGCUCCUCUCUGAACCGUUACCCAAAGCUUCUCCUCAUUCACCGGGAAAAAGAGAAAACGGUCUCUGCUCCGCCGCUCGGUCUGUGCGGAGCUGCGGCGAAUGAGGAGGCUGAAAGCCACAGAUCCUCAGCAGAAGUCCCGGGACUCGCUGCUCGCAGUGUCGGGGCCGGAGAGGGGGGGGCAGCCUGAGGCGCAGCAGCCGUGGUGAUGGUGUUGGACUCAGGUGAAGUCUUCAUGGAUCAGGUUGAGGGUGAAAGCGUCAGGAGCAGCAGGAACCUGUUGGAGCCAGAUGUCCGAGGAGAUCCACCAAAAACCACCAGCAGCUCUGCUGCAGUAACCAGACUGUCGGCCAAGAGGAGCAAUGUCGCUAAGAAGGAGACGGUGUCCCACAACGGACUCCCAGCCCAGACCAACAGCAGCCAGGCAGAGAGGAGGUCGUCAUCAUUAAAAGUUGGGGCCACGUCCAGACCACCGCUCCGCCGUCCCCUCAGCCUGGAGAUGACUCCUCAGCGCCUGCGAGGGUCUCAGGACCAGGUGGCGGACAGGCGGAUUGUGCAGCCUCCUUGGCGCAGCGGUUCUGCUGCCCCCUCGCCCCCGGCUCGCAGCCUGACCAGCCCCAGCCUGAGUGCAGGUGGCUGGAUGCGUCGCAGUGAAAGCACCUGCUCGGUCAACUACUCCCUUGGGCUCCGGGCGGGCAAGGGGCAAAUGCGACCUGCCACCUCCCUGCCACACAUAGCUAAAGGAGUAGGGGGCACAACACUGCCUACCACCUCCAGGCCCUGUCUGCUUGUUGCCCUCAGACCUCUGAACUUGGAGCAGGAGAAGCAGGCUUUCUUCCAGUCCGACUACAAGUACGAGCCUCAGUUUGAGUACGCCCAGCCUGAGCCGAGGACGGUGCUGGAGAAGUACCGAGAGGGCUCCGGCCUGUUCCUCGAGCAGGCGGUUGGAAUCAUGGAGUGCGUCCUGAGGAAGUUUGGCUCCUAUGAGAACUUUGAGGAGGUGACCGGUGGCAGCGUGCUUCCUAAAAGUCAGGUGUGGGCGGCCGUACGCAAAUAUCUGCAGAAAGAAGGCUGCGUGGGAGAGGUUGUGGUGCGUCUGUCCGACGAGCUGCUGUCUCAGGCGGUGAUGGUGGUGGAGAGCUGUCGUCCCACUCUGACCAUUAACCUGGCCGGGGCCCGACAGCACUGGCUGGAGGGGAUGCUGAGACAUGAGAUAGGGACACACUAUCUACGAGGUGUCAACAACAAUCUGCAGCCGUGGGCCACCACAGAAGGCAGGAAGCAGUUCGGACUGAAACCAGCCAACCCCACGGAGGAGGGCCUGGCCAGCCUGCACAGCGUGUUGCUACGGAAACAGCCCUACCUGUGGCGCGCGGCUCUGCUGUACUACACGGUGUACCACGCCACCAGCAUGAGCUUCAGCCAGCUCUUCAGUCACAUCGCACGCUUCGUCCAGGACCCCGACGUCCGCUGGGAGUACUGUCUGAGAGCCAAGAGGGGACAGACGGACACCUCGCAGCCUGGUUGCUUCAGUAAAGAUCAGGUUUACCUGGACGGAAUCCUGCGGAUCCUUCGGCAUCGAAGGUCCAUCGACUUCAAGAUGCUGACGUCUUUAGGCAAGGUGUCUUUCGAAGACGUCGAGAGGCUGCGACAUCUGGCGGUGCUCACCAAGACCAGAAUCCCGCACUUCAUGCGAGACCAGGAGCGGUACCUGCAACAUCUGGAUCACAUCGUCGCCGUCAAUGAGCUGGACGAUUCAACGCUGGAGCUCCUGCUGCCCUGACCGUCCCUGCACCAUCUGAAGCCAAGAAGAAGAACUGGAGGAUGCCGGUACACUGACUGUAUCAUGAGGUGCCCUGAAUAUCACUUAAAAUGUCCAGUAUUAUCGAUGCUUUACGUGAGCGACUUUUCUAAAACUUGAACAAAACGAACAAAAGGGACGUACACACUAACACCUCUAUCUACAUUUUCACUUUUGUCCACUGCAUGUCUGUGUGGCUUUUCCACAGAGCCCAGUACAAGUGCCCCCCCCCCUUGCCUUUACUCCCACUAUGAAGUUACCUCAAUACUGCAACUCUACGAUGUAACCAACAUUAUAUAUGUAGACUCAUACAUAAUCACUGCACCCAGCGCCUGUACAGGACACUGCUAACAUGUCCUGUACAGAUUUUGAGCAUUCAUAAUCACACGCUUUAUUUAUGCAAUUAUUUAAGUUUUUUACUUUGAGAGAACAGACUGAAUGUCUCUGGUAUUAGCUUUAUACCUUCUUUUUUAGACAACUUUUUUUAUGCCUUAGAUUGUUUGCAUUUUAAAAAGGACACCAAGGACACGUUAUUUCAAAACCCUGGGGAAGUUUCAACUGAGGCCAUGAAUCUUUAAAAUAUCAAGUGCCAGUGGACUCAGUCAAAUAUUAAAAAUAUUCCCCAGGGAGGUUUUAAAAUAUCAGUGUUAUUAAGAAGAUAAUCAGCUGUGUUGUUUCUGUCUUAGCAGUGUCCUUGGUGGUCUUUGCAUAUCAGUAUCAGUAUGCUACUGUGAUGUGACCCGUCCCCGAGCUCCCACCUCUGCGCAGCGGCCAAACUUUCUUUUGCAACGUUAAAGGAAUAGUUCAACAUUUUGGGGAAACAUACUUAUUUUCUGUUGGGAAAGCUAGAUGAGAAGAUUCGCACCACUCUGUCUGAAAUGUAAAAAAGACAACUGACCACUGGCUAAACGCCUCCUCUGAGCAGCGAGUUGUGUGAUUCACUUCAUGAUCGCUGUUUUUAGACGGCAGAGAUCACAAUGAGAAAAUUACAAAAAUGACUUUAGAAGAGCAGGUGGGUGAGUUUUAUGGAUAUGGAUGAAAAAAGUGAAAACAAUGUACCCGCACUGCCAUGUUUGUAGUUUUUCUCUGCUCACACCAUAAACAUAACUUGGCCUACUUCGAGGACAAGGAGCACAUCGUGACACAUGACAUUAGUCUGUGGAGUUACAGGUCAUAUUAAAGUCCUGUUCACGACAAUAAUAAAUAAAUAAUAAAUCUGUUGUGUAGCAUUUCCCCACUGUGUGGAAGCUGGAUGCUAACGGAGUGUAGGCUAACAUUAGCAGCUCUGUCCUGCUUUUCACUGAAUUUGGGGAAGUUUCAGUCAAUUUCAGUUCAGCAACACCAGCAACGUUACCUGAGGUAGUUUUACGUUUGUCAAACACAUCAGUUUGUCCUCAAAAUAAAAGCCUUUUCUUUUCUCAUGUAACAAGUUAAAACAUACUGUUGGCUGGGGCCCGUUAGCCUCAGCCUGUUAGCGUGACAUAGCCUGAGUGCAUUAACACCGUUUUCAGCUUCAAAAAUAGGUUUUUAACCAAUUUAUGGAUCUAUUGUUUGCUUAAUUAGCUGCAGCUCAUGAAACUUGUCAGUGACUGUCACCAACUAGAAAUGAGAAGCUGCUUUUGUCUGAAAUCAGCGGUUUGUUCUGAUGCUGGUGACAGAACGUUUUCGUUGUAAACAGAAAGCUUUGGCAGCCUUGACCAACAGUCAAUCCACCAUUUUAAGUGAAGAAAUAGUCCCUGCAAAAUGGCCAAAUAUCUUUUUUUAAAUUUUGGACAGAGCUUGGCCAGCUAUUUCCCUGUUUCCACUGCUUAUGCUAAGCUAACGGCUGCUGACUGUAGUUUCCUGUUUAGUGGAUCCAUGUAAGACCUGGCAUCUUCUCAUCUAACAUCUCUGCAAAAGAAGUGAACAAGCAUAUUUCCCAAAAUGUCAAACUAUCCCUUUAACAUGUAGAUAAAGUGCCUGAAUGGCACCUUUCAAACAGUGUUGGGCUUUUUGUGACGCAGCCAAACUCAGCCAGUUAUUGUCCACCCUGUUCCAGACAUGAUGAGUCACUGGCUGAGGAGGAAGCAGGGGUGUUGUGGGCGUGCCUUCGAUGGGUGUAGAGCUCAUCUGCUGUAGCUAGCCAUGUGUUUGUAGGUUGCUUUUUAUUGUUUGGCACUAAAAACUUCAGAUGUCAGUCGGGCAUUCAUUUCAGGCCACGUCGUCUCUGAGCAGAAUUAGCACUGACAGACUGAAAAACCAGGUCACAGCAUGGAUGUGGGCUGAACAGCGUCACAGCCGGUUCAGCAAGUCCCAGUUUUUAACUCAAACACUCGACCAAAAUGUGAACUCCACAACUAUGAUGCAUUUUAAAUAUUUGAAGAUUGACGUGUAAUUGGAAUUCACUCCGCUGUGUUUACAGUUUUAGCCGUUUGGUAAGCAGAUCCGUUUUAAAUUUGAGCAGGCUGUCGUCUGCCGACGUCGGCCCACAUUCGCCUGAACAAAUGCACCUAUUUGUAACGCACGAAUGUUGCACAAGUGUUUUGUGUUCUGGAAAACACCUUGAAGUUCCAGUUUAUUUAUUAAAAAGUACACA